AUGGACGGGAGGAGGAUCUCUGUCAGCCCUAGGCCGUGCCGGAACCGCCGGAUCGUGGCGGGGAAAAGGCCUCGGCUCGACGAGUCGGUGAACAGUGUGAAGAAGUUGCAGAGGAGGGAGAUUUGCUGCAAGCGGGACCGCGCUUUCGGCGCGAGUAAUGCGCAAGAGAGGUUCAGGAACAUACAUUUGCAGGUUGGUGGCGUGCUUUCCUCUUGCUACUCGGUUCUGCUAAUUUCCAGUUCAGUUCACUUUCUGUUAUUCUUCCCUGUGUGUGUGUUAUUCAAGUGUUUUUGUGGGAUCAGAGUGAGGCGGAGAAUCACUGGAGUUCUGGGGUGUCGUCUCCUCUGGUGUGUAAUCUGAUCAAUCGUUGAGACAAAGUGAGGAACCCAGUUUUUGGUAUUAAAAAAAUCGAAUAUUCCGGAAAAUAAAUAAUUGUGAAGAGUAUGUGGAACGGCCCCUCUACUGAAUCAGAAACAUUACUUAGAGAACAAUGAUUUCGGUGUCAUUUUCGCCAAAACGCAGUGGAGAAUGCCAAUCAUACCUGUCUUCAUCUUUAGCUGUGAAAUUCAUCCAUGAUCCUCAACAUCCAGAAAAAUUAUGCCCUUUUUCCCAGUUUUUCAGAGACCUUCCAGGUGUCAUCUCCUCAGCCUGCUCACAAUUCUCGUUUCAGGAGGAGUACGACACUCAUGAUCCCAAGGGUCAGUGUUUCCUUCAACUCCCCUUCCUGCGGAAACGAUCCAGAGUGAUCGAGAUUGUUGCUGCUCGUGGGAUUCUCUUUGCUUUGACCCAGUCUGGCGUGUGUGCGGCCUUUAGCAGAGGUUUGCAUGCUGAGCGAUGCCUGAUCUUCAUGCAUGGAAGCAUGGAAUUUCAUAUAUAGAUAUAUAUAUAUAUAUAUAUAUAUGCAUAAAUGUAAAUAAUUUUUCCUUGAUUCCACCUGGGCCUGGAUUUUUGGAAUGCAGGGACGAACCAGAGGAUAUGCUUCCUUAAUGUGAGUCCUGAUGAGGUCAUCCGCAGCUUAUUUUACAACAAGAACAACGACUCGCUUAUUACCGUCUCAGUCUAUGCAGCCGACAACUUCAGUUCUUUGAAGUGUAGAACAACUAGGAUCGAGUGAGCACUGCGCCUGAAUCAUAAUUUUGUUUAAUUUUCGUUUUUUUUUCUUGUGGUCUUUUUAUAAUAAUUGGGUGUACUUUAUCAGGUAUAUCAGAAGGGGGAAGCCUGAUGCUGGCUUUGCCCUGUUUGAGUCGGAAUCACUGAAAUGGCCUGGUUUUGUUGAAUUUGAUGAUGUAAAUGGGAAGGUUCUUACUUUUUCUGCGCAGGAUUGGUAAGUUCUGGACUCUCAAGUACUUUGAUAAAGGUUCCCUUUUUUCGGGUGCUAAUAUUUAUUGUCCUCUUUUCCUAGCAUUUAUAAGGUGUUCGACCUGAAGAACUACAGCCUGCUCUACUCAAUAUCUGACAGCAACAUCCAUGAAAUCAAGAUCAGGCAAGUUCCUCGCUCUGACCUAUUCAGUUUCACCAUUACUGUGCUUCUUCUUAAUAUUCCCUGAAGCUUUUGGCGAUGAUGGUGGUUAUAUUUCAUAUGACAUUACUCCAUGUUUAUUUCUUAGUACUGGUUCCAUGUUCUUUAGAGAUGCCCAUUUUCUGAUGAAUGAAGUGAGAGGUUCUAUUUUCCCAUUUUUUCUACCAUGAAUUCUUUUUUUUGCCCAUCUUAGUCCUGUAUUGGUUAUUAUAGAAAUACUUGGUUAUAAAACCUUGACUCAGAUGGAGUCUUCUGACUCUUCCUGGACUAAAAAAAAUAAUUUCUUGAUUAAAUAUUGGUUUAGCCUCAUGUGAAUCGAAAUGGCUGCCGGUUGUGACCAAUUCCGGUCAAAUACUGUCUAAUAUUCUGGGAUUUAUGUGGGUUGAAAAUGUGGGGCAGGUCAAUGUGUAUUUAUUUACCAUCUGUUGGUGGAACAGCCCAGGUGUGAUGCUGCUGAUAUUCAAGAGAGCUAGCGGCCACGUCCCUCUGAAGAUUCUCUCCAUUGAGGAUGGCACUGUUCUCAGAAACUUCAAUCAUCUUCUUCAUCGGAACCAGAAGGUUGACUUUAUAGAACAGUUCAACGAGAAGCUCCUCGUGAAGCAAGAGAAUGAAAAUCUCCAGAUUCUUGAUGUAAGAUCCCCCUUUUUACCAGUAUAAAAAGGCAAUUUUUUCCUGUCAUUUCUGUUCAUUGAAACUAUUUACUUUCAUGUUAUCUGGGCUCAAAAAUGCUAGAAGAACCCUCCCUCUACAACACCCAAAACUCUCUCUCUCUCUCUCUCUCUCUCUUUCUCUCUCUGUCUCUCAACACCUUGAUGUUAGUUUCUUUUGCGGUAAGACUUUCUCCGUCUUGUUAUUUGUCAAAUGAUUCAUUUUACCGUCAUCUGAGCUAAAAAAAGUCCCUGAAUAACACUCUCCCGAAGAGAUACUCCUCUCUCUCUCUCUCUCUCUCUCUCUCUCUCUCGCUAAAUUCAUGAUGUAAGAUCCUUGCGCCCAUCAAAAGUUAUCUUUCCUUGUAUCAAAAUGGUUCCUUUUCCCAUUAUCCCCCCCCCUCUCUCUCUCUCUCUCUCUCUCUCCAAAUUUUCGAUUGAAGAUCCUUUGAUCCAUCAAAGUGAGUCAAAAACUCGCCCCCCCAAGUCAUCAUCUUCUGUUUAUCGAAAUAAUUCCUACUAAAAAUUCGCAGGUCCGGAACUCCCAGCUGACACAAGUCAGCAGAACGGAGUUCACAACCCCAUCAGCAUUCAUCUUCCUGUACGAGAACCAGCUGUUCUUGACCUUCCGCAAUCGCACUGUUGCCGUCUGGAACUUCCGAGGCGAGCUCGUCACCACCUUCGACGAUCACCUGCUUUGGCACCCCGACUGCAACACGAAUAACAUCUACAUCACGACCGACCAAGAUCUUAUAAUCUCUUAUUGUAAGGCCAAAUCCGACGACGACUCCUCCGAUAGAAAUGGUAACCAAAGUCGACUCCCCUCCUCUCUCUUUUUUCUUUUCUCAAGUAUAUUAUGGUAUUAAUAUAUUUCCUUUCUUGGAAAAGUGGUUCCAAACUGUUCACUGAGUCGCCGAGUCACCGAGACUCACCGCAUUUUUCUUGAAGAACUCGUUCUUUUGCUCAGAUGACUGAUUGGUUCUUAUGAAGAAAUUGUUCACCAUGAUUAGCUCAGAUUAUGCGUGUGCGUGUGUUCUAAUCUGUUGGGAUUCUGACACUGAGUCACCGAUUCUUACUCUCUUUCGUUUGCGGGGAUCUCAGACUGUCGGCGGUAGUCGUUUUCAUGCGAGCCCAGAAAGUGUUUUCAUGUCUGACUCGGUGACUCGGUGCGCGCAGGAGCUUACAAACUCGUCUUUUGUGAACCGAGUCACCGACAGUAUCUCAUCUUCGGGCCAUGAUUUUCCUAUGAUGUAUCAUGCUUUUGAUGUUGUGUAUAUUUUCCUGAACGUCUGGUGGGCAGAGUCACCGAGUCAGGUUUUGACCGCUUUGCUUGGAUUUCAGACCGAGUCAUUGACGUUGACUUUUAUUUGGGCUACGGUCUCAAUUCCGUUCAUCUUCUUAAUGGGCAGCUGGGUCGAUAAAUAUCAGCAACAUACUCACCGGGAGAUGCCUCGCGAAAGUCAGCGCCGCCAGUGCGGUUGUGGGGCCCACUGGCGCCGCCACCUCCGGCCACCGAAACGCGGCGGCGGUGGCUCUUGAGGACAUUACCGCUCUCUACUACGAUGAAGAUCGCAACGAGAUCUACACCGGCAACCGGCUUGGCCUCGUCCACGUGUGGUCAAAUUGA